AAGAAGAACGCGGUCGCUUGUAAAGGGCACAAGAAAUCAGCCAUUCUGUGCAAAGCUGACCGCGGACUUGACUCCUGUCGGACUCGGACCUCGUUGAAAGCUUUAGAUGCCUUUGGGUAACAUGGUAGUGUUCUUCAUUGACAGUUAAAAUGGAGCAAUCGAACUACGUAGAAGUACAGGAAGAAGUUAUAACUCCGGACACGACUUACAUGUGUGGUGCCUGUUAUGUGUGGUUUCCUCACAUAGAAGACUUUAAUGCUCAUGACUGUCCAGCUGGUGGAGAAAAUCAAACCCAAGAAAAAAAUGAUCAUCAGUCUUCCACUGCAAUACAGGAUGAAGGGGAUGUGGAAAAGGACGUUGCAAAUAUCUUGGGUGAAAUGAAUAUUUCCAUACCAUCAAAGAAUAUCCUUCCAGUCUGGUGAAGCUCAGGGAGGGGUUGUGCAAGAUCAGACAUAUGUAAUCAAUUAUGAGGGAGACCCAGAUCAGCAUCACAGUGCUGAAGAACAGAAGGUGCACUAUGACAUGGAGACAGUCGUUGAUGUGCAACGGUCUGAUGUGGGAAGUGUAGAAAUUCCAUCGUCAUGUCUCUUUCCUUACGAAAAUCCAGCUUACUUGAAUCGUUUGAUGAAAGACAACACAGUUGGCAAGAGAGUGCGGCACGAUGCCCCUUACGUUCAUCGCUUGGGUCCAUGGGAUGAUGUUUCUACGAAGUUAUUAAUAAAGUAUGUCAAAGAAGUUCCUGCCGCAUAUUUCAUAGCUGCUGACAAUGUCAAACGGACUGAAGCUUGGGAAUUAAUUCGGAACAAGCUUGGUGAGGCAGAUCAUCAUUUUACAGUUCUUCAGAUCCGUAUGCGAUGGCGUGAAUUAUGUAAGAAAUACCGAAAUGUUGUCAACUGCAAUGAGAUUCAUGGAGGAAAUAGGACAUGUCAAUAUUUCAGUGAACUCAAUGACUUGUUUGGAAUAUGGACCAAAGAAGGUACUGAAAUACUAAUUAAAGAGUUAACUGGAAAGAACUUAAAGCAGAAUGGUGGUUUGCGCAUGAGGUUCAACACCUGGGAUAGGAUACGAAGAACAUUUAAUGAGAAGGGAUACAGUUAUACUGCUCACCAAAUUCAUGGGCGAUGGAAUGCACUUGUUACAUUGUAUCAGAGAAUGGUGGACCGGAAUGCUAAUCCAGAUAAUGAGCCCUUAGAAAUGGCAUACAAAGAUUUAAUUGAACCAAUGUUUCCAUAUGUUUCAUCAAAAAAAAGAAAGACUAAAAUUUGGGACCCAAAAGAAAAAUGGAAUAUUCAGAUGGAGAGGGCUCUGCUGCAGGCCUAUAUGGAUAAUAUUGAAAACUUCAGAAAGAAUAAAUCGAAAAAUAACAGAGAAACAUGGACAGCUAUAGUAGAGAAACUUAAAGAAGAAGGCUUUACCACAACCUUGGAAAAAGCAAGGACGCGCUUUUAUGAACUCACAAAAUAUUACAGCACCAUGCUUCGUUAUAAUUCACAACCUGGUGCUCUACACAGAGAAUCUAAACACCAUGAAAUUCUUGCAAGAAUCUACAGCCAGUAUAAUUUUUGGCCGCAUGAUGGCUCUGUCAUCAAAUUGGACAACACAAAUGCAAGGAAAAUGCGACAGUUGAAUGCACAGCUUCGGUGGUCAGAAGAGGAGUCACGAGCAGUGUUGCAACUUUAUCCUCAAGUCUUGACAGAACAUCUACAAAGUGCAGAGCAACAACCUCUAGAGGAGCUGUGGGUGGAAAUGGCCAAGAUGCUGCUGUGUGUGAAGAACAUUCAGAAACUCCCUUAUGAGAUAGAAGAACACAUAGUGCUUCUCCGGCGGGGCUUCAAGAGUGAUAAUCCUUUUCCCUUUCGUGCUGAGAUGGAAGAACUAGAAGAGACGGAACACAGCCUUUGCUUCUCUCCUACAGAAUCACCAUCCACAGAUACUGUCCAGAUGAUUCCUUAUUGGAGUCAUGUUGCUGCUUACACUCUUCUAGAUUAUGUUAUCCACUACCGACAAGAAGGAGUGAAAACUUUAAAUGACUGCAUGUAUGAAGUCAUUAGUAUGGAUUUAGAAUCUCAUGGUUAUAACUAUUCAGGGAAGGAGUGUCGUCAGUACUACCUUCUCCUGCGGAAGAUGUUCAAGAAUAAGAUUCAGUCAGGCGGAGAUGAGCAGAAAGAGAUGUCUUGCACUUUUCCCUACUGGGAUAGGAUGAUGGAACUCAAGACCAUAUCACAUUUUGAUUAUGAAGUUGAUAGUGAACUAUGCUUGAAGAUACUUGAAGCAGCAUCAUCAAAGAUAGAGGGAGUUGACGAUGAUGAUGAAGCUACAAUGCAGCUAAAUCUGGAGAGGAAUAUAACUCAGCUGAAGAUCUAUCUGAUGAGUGGAAAUUUGGUUCGUCCACCACCUCCUGUGAAGAGUAUUGCUGCAACUUUACUUAAAUUUAUGAUGAAUGAGGAAGUUGUGUCAUCAAUUGACACAAAUAUUUAUUUUGCAAAACUGAGAAAUCUACUCCAUCCAUACUUGAAUAUGCUUACUCAAAUUGCUGAACGAGGGGCAGGACGAUAUCUUGAAAAGCUUCAGUUAGAAGGAAAGAAGCGUCUACUCUCCAAAGGUCACAAAAUGAAAGCCAUAUCUGUGCAAUGGAGCGAUGAAAACGUUCAAAGUAUGCUUACCACAGUUAAGGAGUGGCGUCAGUUAUGUCAUGAUGAGGUGGAGCUUGAAAGAAUUUUAGGCAAAGGUCACCCACUGUGGGAUGAAGUUGCGUAUAAUCUCAGUCGUCGAGUGAAAAAAUGCCCAGAUCUGUGCAAGGAUUAUUUUGAUAUGUUAUGCUGCAAAUACAUCAGAGAAGAAUUGGGUUCAUAUCAAGAAAUUCUGCCUGAAGAGGAACUUGAUCAGUCACCAUUGCAAGUAAAAAAUAAGAAGAUACUGAGAGAUAUUCUGAGUCCUCUUGUGGCACAUGAUGCAGAAUGGGACCCUAGAGACAUUUGGAGGGCAGCUGAUACUGAUGGCUGGAGUUGUGAGGAGACACUUGAGUUGCUGUUCACAGUUCGAGAGUUACUGAGUGAAGACAGUGCAGUUGAUUGGGACCAGGUUAGGUUGAUGAUGCUUGCAGGUGGCUUUGAACGUACUUCUGAGAGAUACCAGUCAAAGUUUAUAGAUCUUUAUAAUGGUUAUAAGAGAGCCUAUGUCUUUAAUAAAGCUUGCUUAAUUAGGGCUCGACGCCGUCCACCAUACUACUUCAAGAUUCAUACUUUAUUUGGAUUUAAAGAUGCCAUUAAAGGUUGCAGCAUAGGUUCUUGGAGGUCACAUUCAGUGAAUGAUGAAGUUGAAGAAGAAGUUUUUGAAUCUCUCAUGGCUGCCUUCAAGGAAAAGAAAAAUCUCUUCUGUCACAUGGUACCAAGGAUUCCUCUCUUGAGCAGCCUGUCAUUUGCCAUGGAUGAACAAUACAAGAACCAAGCCUUCAGAUUUUCACCAAACCUAAUUUGGCACCUUUUGGUACAACUGCACAAUGCUCAAGCUGAUUCUCUUUCAUCGAUGGAUAAAGGACCUUUUGGAAGUGAUCUAGAUGGUUUGUGGCAAAAUCAUCCAAAUCCUCUUGUGGCUUAUGGACUGCAGGCAGUACCCACCUCUGGAUGGCAAUGGGUAAAGAACUGGAGCAUUGAGGAACUUAAUAUUCUGAUUGAUAGUGUCAUUCAGCAGUGCAUGCCAGAGAGUUCAAGAAAGAAAGAUCUGACAAAAAUACCAAAUGUAUUCCUCUAUCAACUGGGCUAUAUGUUGUCAACAUUUAAGCAUGGAGGCUAUGAAGCAUUUGAAAGGCAGCUCAAUCUUGUAUACAUGUUACAGAAAUGGUCACAUAUUGUGUUGGAUGAGAAGAAUUUCAUUUUACAAAAAGUGAGAGAAAAUUACAGGAAAAUUGAAGAAAGCAAAGCUGUUUUUAGGAUAACAGUUAAUGGAAAGUCUAACCUGACAAAUAUUUGUGAUGGUGAUGAAUUUGGUGAUGACUCCGAGUUUAGUGAUGAACUGGAUAGCUUCUCUGACUCUGAUUUUGAUGGGGAUCAAGAAGAAACAGAUACAGAUGAGGAUAAUGUCCAGAAUACAGUAUCUGCACUGCAAAGAAAUGAUUUGAAUAGUGGGUGUGAGCCAGUACAUAGCACAAAUUCGGAGAAUAAAUAUGGAGAUAGUGUUGCCCAAAAGAAAAGCAGUAAGGACUCUUCUCCCAUGAAUAAAAACAUUGGUUGUCUAAAUAGUAGUGAAGUCAAAUUUGUUUUCAAAGUGACCACCACUCCACAUUUAAGAGUUGGAGCGAAGGCAAUGAAACCAGAUUCAGAUAUCCAGUCAUCAAAAUUAACUAACAGUACAAAUGUUCUCUCUGUUACAAAUCCCAAGCAAGAAGGUAAAGAAGAGAGUGACUUCGUAUUGUCUAGUAAACAGUCUCCCAAUGUUGAUGGGUCUUUUUCACAACUUAAAGAAUCUAGUAAACGUAGAGUUGAUGCAACAAGUUCUAUACCUUCUAAUAAAAGAAAACAUGGAGGUGAGGAAGAAAUGCUUGUGAAAAGAAAGAAGUGUUCCAAGGUUAUUGAGACUGAAAAUGAUCAUGCUUCAGCACAGGAAAAGAUUCUAACCAGACAUGAUGUUAAGACAGCAAAAUUAACAGUAUCUGCUAGAUAUUUGUUAAAAAAAUGCAGUAAAACAGUACAAAAGGAAUAUCUUUCUGACUCUCCUCGUUCGGAAGCCAAUCAGCUUCUUGCUAAUGAAAAGAAGGUCAAAGGUGGCUUUUUCAAGUUCACAGAAACGGCGAAAAAAAGGAAAUGGAAGUCACAGCCUCCACUGAAGAUGGAGCAAAUGGAAGACAUUGGUAAUAAAAAUGUCCGCAUGGUGAGUGGUACAAAGAUAGAAGGAAAUGUUUUGGCUCAGUUGGAAAGGCAUGAUGACAGUGAAGGAAAAGAGGCCUUGAUGGAGUUAACUAACCAAUACUACAAGAGACGGAAACAGGAAAAAGACAGGUUAAUAACUGCUUUCAAUUCUGUUCAGGAGAGUCACCAGAAACAAGCUUCUGCAUUACUACAGAUGUUUGAUAACUUACAGGAUCUAUUAUAGUCUUCAGAGUAAGUUAUGAUAUCUUUCUCUUGUAAUUUCAUUAUACAUAUUUUCUCCUUUGGUUAAAAAGAUUAAAAAAACUAGAACAAAAAGGCAAUCAUGAAUAGCUUUUUGAAUGAGUAUUUUUAUAAAAUGCCCAUUAAAAAUUUAUUUUCCCUAUUUUACAAAAACUAGGAAUGAAGUAUUGUCAAUGAACAUUUAUGGAAUGUUAUAAUUUUACUGUUAUUUAUGUAUGUGAACAUAAACUUACUUGAAUCAUAUGCUCUCUGUUAUUAAAAAAAAUAGUACUGGGACAGAAAGACUGUUGAAUGUUAUCAAAGUUCAUCAUAAUAUGGGUCUAGUUACAAAGGAGAUUUCUUUUUAAUAGCUGUUGCCUUUUUUCCUUACAUAGAACUUUUUUUUUGUCUGUAGGGAAACUUUUGAGAUGGAGGCUUUUUCAUAAUAGAUUACCAUGGUUUAUAUGGGAGUUUGCAUCGUUUUUGUAUGGUCAUAUUAUUUUUCUCAGGGACAAUUUUGACCUGUGGAAUUUUAUUCUGAAUUAGGACCAGAUGUCAGUUCUAAAAUUUUAUGAGUUUUAUAAAUUCAUAAGGUAUUAUACUUCAGUUUACUUUGAUUUUACUAAAUGUUGCUUAUUUUACAAAAGGAAAUUUAAGCUUAAAAUGGAAUUUUUGAUCUUCAUUAUAAGUUAAGAGUGUUAAUUUUCUUGUACCCCAUGCGGUUAUUAUUGUUUUUGUAAGAUGUUCUUUGUUACUUGAAUACUGAGGAAGAUUCCAUGCAUAGGGAAGUUCUUGUUUGAAAGUUUCAAGAGCAAUCUGAAAACAACAAAGGAUGUUCAGAAAAAAGUUUUUCUUUGUGGCAUCGAAAACUCCAUCAAGGAUUCAUAUAUUUUGGAGAUUUAAAUGUAAAAUUAAACAUUUAAGUGCCAAAAGUUUCAGUGACGUGAUAUCAUUAAAAUUAACUUCCAUCUUAUUAUGCUCUUUUUAUUCGAGUUGGUUUCAUUGUUUUGUUCAUUUUAAUUAUAUUUCUUGGCCCAUUCCCAGUAGUGGGUUAACCAA